AUGGACUAUUGGGAGACCCAUGGCUAUGGCCGGUUGUCUGAUUCUACCCGCAAAAUCAGUUGUCAAUUGGCGACGGUCCACGUACUCCCAUUCUAUGGUGAGUCUCCAAGCCGGUUACCCGCAACCACGAGCGAACCGUGCCGCCUGGGGAGAAAAUUCCUGGCGGAUUGGCGAAUGAGAGGAUCCAUGGCAUGCCGGUGUCGGUGUCAUUUGCCAUUUCAGAGUUCUCAGACCCAUGGACGCCUCAGGCUAACCGCCGACUCCAUCCAGGAGAAGCGAUCGGCAGUCCAUAGAUAUAGGCUCUCUUUUCCAUCGUCCCAGACAGAUUAUCUUAGUGAUUAUCAUGGAUACGCUUGCUUUGAUCAGCGGGUCUUCUCCAUUAGCACCGGUGGUGGUAAGCUGAGUUUUGCUCCGUAGCUUGGGCGAUCUGGUAUGAUGGUAUGCGUGGUGCAAGGGGGGGGGUGAAGAAGGAAGGAUCUGGAUAAAAAAUGAGUCUCUUAUUUUCUUUUUUUCUUUUCCCGAUCUCAGAUGGACCCCUGGAAUGGGAUACAGUGGAAUCCUGAGAGGUCACGAUGCACAAUUUCCGGG